GAACCGGCCCCCCCACACGGCAGCGGUUUGUUAGUCCUCGUCUGUUCACCGUUCGCGCAUAAACUUGUUUCCCUGUACAACUUUUUCUUAAACAACCGCAAUUAGUGCAAUAGACCAGUGCUUCGUUUUCUAAUCAAAUAAUUAUAUCGUCAUGUGGUCCAUAGAGUAACAAAUUAAUACCCGAAAAUCGAACUGCAACCGAAGAACCAAAAAUACAAAUCCGCAGUAUUAUUAAUAGAGUAUUAGUAGUUCCUAAUUAAUUAAAAAAAAAGAGUGAAAGAGAGAACGGGGGAGUAGUAGACUGUUUUAAAUUGAAAAAUUAAAAAAAAAAACUUGUUUGCCUUAAAAAUGUUCGUCCAAACGGAAUUUAACAAAUCAAAUAAUAAUAAUGAUUUAAGUAGAAGUGCGCACGAUCAGGUCGCGAGUGGUUACGAGGAACUUUUCAAGGAUUUAGAUUUAAUUUCGCGCUUUUGCAUGCCGAUCUGUUCGCGGGACAACGAGGUGCGCGAGGUCGCCCUCGACGUUAUAUCGAAGACGGUCGAAGGAUGGCUCGACGGCGUCGGUAGCCCGAAGCAUUACCGUCUAGCCGAGCGACGCCGACUGCAGGGCUCGGCGAACGGAUGCGCGUGCUCGGAUAUCGUCGGCAAUCCGGUCAACGAUAUACCGAAGGAAUACAUGGAACUUGUUACUCUACAUUUACCGAUUAUUUUAAGGUUAUCGUUAAGUUGUCCGUUUGUCAACGUCAGGGAGAAAUGCCAACAUAUCUUGGAAAUCGUAGAGAGACGAGGAUUAUCUGUACCUUAUCCUUUAAUACACGGACCAAGUGCGUUCAUCGACCCUGAUGAGGCGAACGACCUCUCUUCGCCGUACUUCUUUCAAAAACAAUCGAGAAGUUUGCUUUUUUUGCCUCUAUUCCGAACAACGACAGUGGCGUCGCCGUCGACGUCGUUCAGAUGCGGCAAAUGUAACGAGUCAUCAGACGCCUCUUUUGAAGUGUGCAUUUCGUAA